AUGUGGCUGAACCAGAACCAAACUACAACAAAAUUAGAACAAACCUUAAUUUUAAUACUAGAGUGUGGAGGUGCGGAGUAUGCUAGAAGUAAUGGUAUACCAGUUAUAAUGUUCCCUAAAGCAAAGGAUGAAUCCGGUGGGUUAUGUCCAAAUGACUUUGUUGAUACACUAAGGAGAUUCGAGGUUGAUUUAAUUCUUCUAGCCGGAUACCUCAAACUUAUACCAGUGGAAUUGAUCCAAGCUUUUGAAAGAUCUAUAAUAAACAUUCAUCCAUCACUUCUUCCAGCUUUUGGAGGAAAGGGCCACUAUGGUAUGAAGGUACAUGAAGCAGUAAUUGCUUUUGGCGCAAGAUUUUCAGGUCCCACAGUUCAUUUUGUGGAUGAACACUAUGACACAGGGCGUAUUCUUGCCCAGCGUGUUGUCCCUGUGCUUGCUAAUGAUACUGCUGAAGAGUUGGCUGCAAGGGUUCUAAGAGAGGAGCACCAAUUAUAUGUUGAGGUGGUAGAGGCUUUAUGUGAAGAUCGUAUAGUUUGGAGGAAAGAUGGUGUUCCUCUCAUCCGAAGCAAAGAAAAUCCUGAUGAGUUUUGUUGAUUUAUCACUUACAUGGUCAUAAAUUCACUUUUAACCUUUUAACUACACAAUUAUAGAUUAUAAUAUAUUUAUAUUCUACUCGAGUAACCAUGUGGCUUCCCCAUCUAAGAAUAUCCUAAGUUGGAAACCACAAAUUUUCCUCCCAACCUGUUCAAUGCAGACUUAUGUUAAUUUGCAUCAUGUAUCAUGUUAAUUUGCAUCUUGAAGGAUCUUAGGUCUUCGCUACAAUGUGGUAUACUCCACAAGUGGCAAAUGUUGUAAUUUGGAUUGUGAUAAGGGCUAUUGACAUGAAAUGCGAUUUAUCGCAAAUAAAGUGAACAAGUCUCUCCAUGGAGUAGCAAUCUUGGUCCCCCUUCACAUGUGCAUUCUCAUAUUGCACAAGUAUUGGUCCUCAGAGAAAGUGAAUUUCCAUGGAGUAGCAGUCUUGAUUCCCUCCACUUGUGCAUUAUCAUAUCACAUAAGUGUAGUGUGGGUGGUGACUUUUGACUUUAUGUGUAUGGUCUAUUGUUGUCUUUGAUUUUUUUUUUUUU